AUGCCCCGUGAAUCAGCUAUUUCUGUUGAAGUAGCAGUAAAUGUAUUAAAAAAAUAUAUUACAUUUUUUAUUCCUGAUACAUUGCCUCAAUGGUCUUCACCUGUGUGGAAACAAAUAGCAGAUGAUCUUGAUUUGAAAGAUAAAUGGACUGUGGAAUCUGUACGUACUAAUGUGACAAAGGAUAGGAGAAAAAUUUUAACGCUAGCCAGAGAACAGUGUGGAAUAUUUUUACCAAAGAAUAAACCUGAGAGCUCGUGUAAUUUUAAUUUAAACACAAGUAGUAACAAUUAUGAUGAUAACGACGAUGAUGAUGAUGGUGAGGAUGAUGACGAUAAUGAUAAUGAUCCUGAUUAUGUUGUGAAUUCAAAUUUUGAAGAGCUGAGUGAUUUGGAAGAAUUUGAUGUUGAGGUAACGAGACAAUUGUGGAAUGAAAUGCUAAGGCAAAAACCUUCGAUUAUUAAAGGUCGUGAACGAUUUGGUUUAGAACCGAGAGUAUGGACUGAUAUCAUUGCACAUGCAUUUUGGCAACAAUAUCGGUUGAAGUGUGCUUUCGUUUUUAAAAAAGGUGCAAUUAGAGAAAAUGGUAUACACUAUAUGACUAUGAGAGGUCGUUGUAAAGAUUCGAAAUGUAGCAAUCCAUUUUUUGGUUUCAUUGAAAAUCCACCUGGUGAAAACGGUUCCAUUUAUGUCAAAGUACAUUGUCGCGAUCUAGGAAUUCAAGACAUGCAGAUAUUCAGCGACCUCUACAAAGUGUCAAGCGAAAAAAAGUAGGUAAAGAGGCACUAGAAAAGGGUGUCUCUGGAUUUAUAAAGCAAUCAGGGAAACAAUUAUUGCAACCUGGUGACACUGAAUGCCCUUUUCUCUACAAGCCAACUGUUAUCUAUCAAACAAAAAAAGAAUCACUCGAUGAUGACUUGGGCAUGAAACCUGUGGAUAGAAAAAAUUUGAUAAAUGCAAUACAAAGAAUAAAUGAAAAUCCGGAAUAUUUAGAUUCAAUUAUUAUGAUCGGUGUUGCACCAUUCUUUGUCAUGUAUGCAACUGUACCUCAGGUUCAUUGUUACAAAGAAUACUCACGAACUCAUAACCGACAUUCUUCGAUAUGUGUAGAUUCAACAGGAGGAUUGGUCCAUAAAGUCAAGGAUUUAAAUGGAAAUCCAGGUGGCCAUAUCUUUCUUUAUGAAAUUGUAAUAAAUUUCGAUGGGACUUCUCAGACCAUUUAUCAAAUGUUGUCUGAAGUUCAUGAUACUGAUUUUAUUUCUUAUUGGUUUAAGAAAUGGUUGCGUUUGACAAAAAACAGGCCGCCGCGUGAAGCUGUAUCGGACGGAGCUCGUGCUCUUUUAAAUGCAAUGUGUGAUGCAUUUAAUAAAUGCCCACUAGUACAGUAUAUUGAACUAUGCUAUCAAGAUGCUAAAAAAAUGACUCAAUACCAACCUACUACUUACAUUCGACAAGAUACUGCACAUUUUAUACAUGCAGCUACUCAGUGGGAUUGCCUCAAAGCCGUUUUACACUUACCAGUAAAAAAAUUUUUUAUUUUUUGUAUUGGUCUUUUAGUUGAUUGUACAAGUAUAGAAAAUUUUGAACGAGUUUUCCAGUUGAUUCUUGUUGUUUUCGAAUCAAUGUAUGAAGACACAGUUAAUUUUUAAAUAAUGCAGCAAUAACUCCUGUAGAUGCUAGGUCCGAGCUGGAGAGUUUAAUAUCAAACAGGAAAAUUGAAGCUUUUAUCGAAGAUGUGUCGGAUAAGUUUAAAAACACUGAUGAUUAUGAAAAAAAUAAUAUGUUGAAUAAUCCUGUACAUGACUCAGGCGCAGAUUCACCUAAUAUGUCAUGAAGUGGGUUAAUGGUUUGAUAGAUUGUACGCAAAAUAUUAUUUUUUCAGGAGAAAAAAAAUUGAACUGUUUUUAUAUACCAGAUACUCGAAUUGCACUUGUCAAAAAAGUUAAAGAAUUUCCUCUUUGGACAAACGUAUGUGUACCUGACCCUGAAGUACGUGCUACAUCUAGCUAUGUAGAAUCUGAUUUCGGUAAUUUAAAAAAUACUCUGAAACACAGAAUUCAGUUACCUACAACAAUACCAAUAUUUUUACGACUGCAUCUAGAUAACAUCAUAGGAGGCAUAAAUUUGUUUAACAAAAAAUAUGUCAAGUUUUUAGAUGACAUUCUUAAUAAGUCACUAGAGAAAAGUUCUGAUAAUUUAAAUACUAAUGAUUCUAAUGUAGUCACAGAUGAUAGUUAUCUUGAAAAUUGGGGAGGACAAGGAAAAAAUCCGAAUGAAAAAAAUUUUGAUUGGAUUAAUAAAAAACUAAAUGACAAUGAUCAAAAUGAUUAUAAAAUAGUGGAACCAGAAAAUAGUUCGAUAGAUAACACUAGCAAUUCAAAGAAUGAUGACGUUAAUCAUCUCCACACGAACGAUAAUUUCGAUUAUUUUCAUCAAGAAAACCUCAAUGGAACUUCAUUACUUAAUAAUGAAAAUGACCAAAGUAAUAUUGAAUCAAAUAAUAGCUCUAUGAUUAUGGAACAUGACUAUUGUAGCCAAAAAGUUAGUCAACCAAUCCCAAAACAGGGUGAAAAAAAUUGUCUAACAUUAGCUAUUGAAAAAAAAAAAGAGAAAGAUAGUUGAGGAAGGGUAUUAUUUCAAAGAUUGUCCGGAAAUGAAAUUAAUUAAUAAUUUAGUAGAUAAUAAAAAAAAUCAAGUUCAUUUGCUGAAAAAUGGAAAUUCAAGUGGGAUUGUUUCUUUUAAUAAACAAGUUUGGAUAGUUUAUAAUACUUGUCCUUUCGAUACGAUUGUACAAUCACUUUUUAGCAGCACCUUAGAAAAUCCUGGGUUUCGUGAAUUUGUUAAUAAGUCUAAAAAUCCUACUCUUAAAUUUUUAGUUGCUUUUUUGAAUAAAGGACCAACGAACGAAAUUAAUAAAAAAAGACUGGCUGUUUUAUAUGAUUUGUAUAAAGAUACAGAAGUAAGUCAAAAUAAAAAUGGAAAUUCUGUAGCUUUAUCUCGAACAAUUUCAUGUCAAGAUAACGUCAAUAGUCUUUGGAGUAAACUAGUCGCCGAAGAACCGAGUUUAUUUGAAUAUACUGAAUGUCCCAAUCUUAAUUGUAACGAUCAUAAAACUGCUGUACCUGUCCUAUCGGUCAAUUAUAAUACAAUUAUACGGAAUGGAUUUAAUGAUUUAGAAAAAGCAUUAGACUUUCAUAGUUUUGUAUAUAAAAUUUAUUGUCACAGUUGUCGUCAAAAAAGUCAAAUACCUAAAAGGAUUCCAAAUAUUUAUUUAUUUAUAGAGCUUGACGUUAAAUUAAUAAAUGAACAAAAUGGAAGAAAAUGUAAACUAACACAAUUACCUGUAUAUUUAAAUCUUAUUGUUAGAGAUGAGUGUGAUGUUGAACAAAAUCUACGUUAUCGUUUAUCUGGAGUAGCGGGAUAUAGAAAUUUUCAUUAUGUCGCUUACUGUCGAAAAUUAUCUGGAGCAUGGAAAAUUUUCGAUGACACCCGAUCUUCACCAGAUUCAGUUAACGAUUCCACUGAAAUUACACCACACGGUGUUCUUUAUAUUGCUGAGAAACAAUAAAUCUAAAUUUUGG